AGCAAAGAAAAGCAGUUCAUAUCGCCCAAUCAUAUUCCUCUUUUGACUUGCAUUCUCAUCCUCAACAUUCCACCUCUUCUCUUCCUCGAUUCCACAAUCUUCGCUCUAUCAUCUCCCGAUCAUUCAAAUUCUCACUCCUCUCGCCUUGGAUCAUGCUAUUUUUUCACUCAAAUUUCUAAAUUAUCACUCACUCCUUCUGCAAUUUCAUCCCCUUUCUCUGAUUGUGAUUCUGGCCUCCGUGUUUGCCCUCAAUUCCCUGAAAUUUUUAUGUUCUAUUGAUCGCGAUGAAGAUCGAGGAGCUCGAUGAUGGCGCGGAGAGUAUUAUAGAGAGCAAGCGUAGCAGAAAUAGCGAAACAAGGCUGAUCACGGUUAGGGCUGACGCAAAAAGGGCUUUAGUCGGAGCUGGGGCUCGGAUCCUCUUCUAUCCAACCCUUUUGUACAACGUCUUCCGCAACAAAAUUCAAGCGGAGUUCCGGUGGUGGGAUCAAAUCGACCAGUAUCUACUGCUAGGCGCUGUUCCAUUUCCAAAGGAUGUACCUCGUUUGAAGCAUCUUGGAGUUGGCGGUGUAAUUACUCUGAAUGAGCCCUAUGAGACUCUGGUCCCAACAUCAUUGUACUAUGCUAAUGGGAUAGACCAUCUUGUCAUCCCUACUAGGGAUUAUCUCUUUGCUCCUUCUUUUGGGGAUAUUAACCGUGCAGUGGAUUUCAUUCACAGAAAUGCUUUAAGUGGUCAAACAACAUAUGUGCAUUGCAAAGCCGGGCGAGGAAGGAGCACAACCAUUGUUCUCUGUUAUCUGAUUCACUAUAAGCAUAUGACACCUGCUGCUGCACUUGAGUAUGUUCGAUCUAGAAGACCCAGGGUGCUAUUAGCUCCAAUCCAAUGGAAGGCAGUGCAAGAAUAUCAGCAGCAAUGCAUGGGUUCAAGAACGGUAUGCACACCUGGGGAUGUUGUGCUAAUCACAAAAGCUGAUCUGGAAGGGUAUGACAGUCCUUGUAACGACAACUCUGGCAAGGAGCUUGCAGUUGUUUCUAGAAGGUUGAACACGAGUCCUAUGAUGGCUAAGCUGUCUUGCCUCUUUGCGUCUCUGAGGGUUACAGGAAAUUAUGGACCUGUAAUGAGGCAGUUGACUGAAGCACGUGCGUGCUGACUUUUACCUCUACUUGAGAAGCUCGCCUGUAAGUUAAUCCCACGUUUCACAAGUAGAGGAAGAUCAAAUAAAAAAAAGUGUCACGGCACAAGUCUGCUUGUGUAUGUAUAUAUAUAUCAGAUGGAGUUGAGUUGAGUCACGCCGAUACAUUGCUAAGCUCUAGCUGUAGCUCGACUCAACACAGCUUCCUCCCCUUGUUUUUUUCUAGUUUGUGCUGAAUCCCAUUGCGAAUUCAGUAUAUACUUCAUCUGGAUUUGGUUAAUAUAUUGUAAAUAGCAAGUAGUUUUGAGCU